AUGAUGGAUUGGAAUGAUGCAACAACAAGUAAUGACGAUGAUUAUAUGUCUGAUGCAUAUACGGCUGUGGAUGUACGACCUGGAAUUGCGAAAACCCAAACUCAACGGCGACAUUUAAAGAUUGAAUCGAAACGGGUGGAAAAUAUUGAACAUUUACGAAAUAUACCAAAACAUUCGGAAAUAGAAAGGAAGAUGCGAGAUGAUGGGCUGGCAAAGCCUAUUAGUGAGGAUUCGAAAGGGUUCUUGUUGCUAUCCAAAAUGGGUUACAAGCCUGGGAUGAGUUUAGGUGUAGAAAAAGAAGGUUGCAGCGAAGGGAUCAAAGUACCCAUUGCACUGGAGCUGAAAACUAAUCGCACAGGAUUAGGGCAUGAUGCUGAAAAGGAUAAAAAGCGAAAACGACGUAUGGAUCUUUACCAAAGAAUUGUACUGGAAAGGGCAAAAGCUAAUGAAGUACUUAUCGAUGAUUUUUCCAUAAGAAAACGCUGGGCAGCGCGUAUGAAACAACUGUCGAAGGAUUUGAAAGAAAGCAGGAAAGUAUGUCAGGAAUUAGAUGCCAGAAGUGGCCUGGAGCUUCCUACAUCCUGUCAUUUUUGGCCAAUAUACAAGGUAAAGAAGGAGGAAGAUUUUUCUAUAUUGAAAAAUAGAAGAACUGAGGAAUCAGAAUGCAUUACAGAAUGUUUUACUUAUUUUAAUGGAAAAGCGGCACCAGAUGAUUUGAACACUGAUGAAUUGUCGGAGAAUGAAAUCGUGGAACGGUUGUCGGAACUAACGAACUAUCUCUAUGCAACUCACUAUUAUUGUUUUUGGUGCGGAGCUCAGUAUGAUUCAAAAGAAGAAUUGGAAAAUGGUUGCCCGGGAAGAACGAGAGAAGAUCAUGAAGGUUGUGAUGAAGAUAGUUAA